AUGGCUGACUAUAUCGAUCAGGAGGUUGUCGCCUCCGCCUCAUUGGCUUUAUGGAUGGCCUCCUCAGAAGUGGAUCAGAAAGCCCUGGGCAAUUUUGCGGCCGCAAUGGCGCUCGAAAACCCACUGCUGUCCGCAAUGCUAUACAAGAUUCUCGGGACAUCAGUCAUGCUCUCAAAGAAGCUCCUUCGCGCUAGACGACUACGCCGACUAGAUACGACCCGUGAAACGAAAUCUCUCCAGCUUUACCACCAUAUCAUCUGGUUAUCCCGCGAGGGUUUGUUCAUACUAGAAGGGUACAUCCUCCCAAUGGUAUCGCCAUAUGUUGAACUAAAAGUGCUAUCCUACAAAUUGCGCGCCUCAUUCUAUCACAUUGUCGUCCUAUUCCACAACAGACCUGUGAUCCAACCACCAGAUUCCCAACCCCCGCCCAACCUUAAACAUGACUCUAUAUAUGGGCCAGACGCCUUAACAGCUCUCCGCGCUUACGAGUCCCAAAACAAAACACGACACCCACCAGGCCUGGAACCAGUUCAACCAGUCCAACCAGUCCAACCAGUCCAACCCGUCUCUUCAUUCCUCCUGCCUCCACUGGACUACACCGCCACCGCGACAGCAUGCUUCACCCACGCCGCACUACUAGCCGAUAAACUCCUCCCAGGCUCACAUCCUCUCCGUCUAUCCGUCAAGCUGGAAUACGCCGCAUACUUAUACGACUGUCUCCAAGAUCCAAUCGCCUGUCGCCGGCUCGCCAAACGCGCAAUCGCAGACGUGUAUAACGCGCAAGAAGGCAUGGAUGACGAGAGCUUCGAAGAUGCCGCUGAGAUUGUCGGUGUGCUCGGCAAGAUGGUGAAGCGUGGAGGUAAAGCUGGUAGCAGUACGGCUGCUAGCAGUGUUUCGCGUGGCGACAUGUCGCGGAGUCGAAGUAGUCGCAGUCUCUCGCAUUUGGAUGCGAGUAUUCCGACUACUGUUUCUCCUGUUCCGGUUACGAAGACUACACCUAAUCCUUCUACGACAGUUCUGGAGCCUGCCGUGCCGAAUGUGACUAUGAUGAAUCCGAUUUGA